CCGCCCCACUGGGAGGAACCCGCGCGGAGGGCGGCACCCCCUUCCCGGGGCUGCGGGAGGACGGACGGUGCCGACAGCGGGGCGAACCGGAGCCCCCCGGCCGAGCCGAGCUGCCCCUUGACCCGUGCGAUGCGGGAUCCCCUCCGCGCCGCGGGUCACCGGUGACCCUCGUGCCACGUCCGCCCUGGCAGAGCCCCGACUGGGCCGUGGGGUGGCGGGGCCCGGUGCCGGCGGGGCCCGGGGCCGCGGGUUCGGCUGCCGGAGGGGUGGGGGGCGUGGGAGAGGCGGGACCUUCGCGCCCCCCACGCGUGACCCAUUCACACAAACAUCGCGAGGCCGCGCCCUGAUAGGCGGAGGCGGUUGUCAAUCACACGGGAUACGCGAGGGGGUGGAGGGCGUGGCCUGUCGUGCCUGCGCUCUGAUUGGUUGAGAGGCGUGUCCGUCAGAGCCGUUACCGGGGCAGGGCGUGGCUGUCCAUUGAAUGGCGGGCAUGUUGGUCACUGUGGUGACUGAGGGCGGGAACAUGGCCGCUUCCUGCACUCACAGUGCUGAUUGGCUAAAAAUACUGUCAAUCAAUGUGGCAGGCAGCAGGGAGGCGGGCGGGAGGUCGGAGCUGCUUUUUGAUAGGUUGAAUUAGCUGUCAAUCACCAAUAAAACCCGGUGAGCGCCUCUUCUAUUGGCUGUUGAUGCUCCUCGUUGGCCGGGCCAGGCCGGCGGAAGCGGAAGCGGCCGGCGCAGCCGCGGCGGGAGGGAUGAAACCGGCUCCGGGGCGGCGGCGGCUCUCGGAGCUGCCCGUGCUGCUGUUGCUGUUCAUGCUCUUCCUGUUCCUGGAAGCUGCAGGCACUAGGAAUCCCAUCAUCCCACUCCAGGAGGGCCAUGAGUCCCACCACAAGGAAUCUCAGCGCUUCUGCUACACCAACACACGUGUCCCACGAUGGAACGACAUCUGGACGAGGACACAGAUUCGCGUCACCAGCAGCCGGAUGAUCCGCGUCACCCAGGUGGACAACGAGGAGGAGCUGGAGAAGUUCAGCGUGUGGAACAUGGUGUUCUCCUUCCUGAGGGGGAAGCUCAACGACACCAGCAUCGAUGUGGAUCUCUACAGCAACAAAACCUGCCUCAAGGUUGAGCUGCUGGAGCCUGGCACCACCUACUCCAUCCUCCUCUUCCGACGUUUUGAUCCUAAGAUGUUCCUUGUUUUCUUCCUGGGCCUGCUGUUAUUUUUCUGUGGAGACACACUGAGCAGGAGCCAAAUCUUCUACUACUCAGCUGGGAUCAGUGUUGGAUUGUUGGCCUCACUGCUUGUCCUCGUCUACAUGAUGUCCAAGGUCAUGCCCAAGAAAAGUCCUGUGUACUUCCUGCUGGUUGGAGGUUGGUCCUUUUCCCUGUACCUGCUUCAGCUGAUCUUCAAGAACCUGCGGGAGAUCUGCACGUCCUACUGGCAGUACCUGUUAGGUUACCUGCUGUUCGUGGGCCUCCUGAGCUUCGCUGUGUGCUACAGGUACGGCCCCUUGGAGAACGAGCGCAGCAUCAACCUCCUGUCCUGGGCCCUGCAGCUCCUGGGGCUGCUGCUGAUGUACUCGGGCAUCCAGAUCCACGCCAUCGCCCUGGGCCUGGUGCUCAUUGCCAUCUGCACCAAGAACCUGGAUUACCCCUUGCAAUGGGCCUUCGCUGCCUACCGGAAGGUGCAGAGCUCCAAGGCGGGCCCAACCCCCCCUCGGCUGCUGACAGAAGAGGAAUUUCGGCUCCAGGGCGAGGUGGAGACCCAAAAGGCUCUGGCAGAGCUGCGGAGCUCCUGCCGGAGCCCAGAAUUCUCCGCCUGGAGCACAGUGUCCCGAAUCCAGUCUCCCAAAAGGUUUGCUGAUUUUGUGGGUGGUGCUUCCCAUGUCACCCCCCAUGAGGUGUCUGCCCACGAGCAGGAGUUUGGCCUGGGAAGAUUGUACAUUGACGAGGAACUCUUUGAGGAUGAUGAUGAUGAUGAUGAUGAUCUUGAUGAAGAGGAGGAGGAAAAUGUCCAUGAGUUCUCUGCUGGGAAUCACUGGAGUGAUUCCCUGCCCCACAACCAUCUGGAUGUCCAUUGAGGUGCCUGAGGGUGACACACACGAGAGGAACUUUGGACCUGUCCCAGUGGUACCUGCAGGCUCAGCACCUGUCUGGAGCCGUGGUGAGGGAGCUGCCAGUGACCUGCUCCUCCUCCUCCUGCUACAAACAUAUCAGAGGGCUCCAGCUGGUCGGGCCACACCUCUGACUUGGCUUCAGUCCCGUGUGGAUACCAAAACCUCUGACGCUUCCCCGAUGGAGCUGUGGAGCCUCAGGGUCUGCUGGCUGCCCCUGGAUGUGGUGCUGGGGUAGAGGCCGUGCUCAGCCCCCUCUCCCCAUGCCAGGGCUGAGGAUGAGUGUGGAUGUGCUUCCUCCCUGCCCUCCUGCUGUUACUCCUCUCCCAUUAAUGGGUGCAGGCAGGGGCUGGGGGUGACCCCAACGACGUUCCAGCUCCCAGUGCUGGUUGGGGAGCUCUGCCAAAGAACAAAGCUGGAGGGGACACCCCGAUCUAUGCAAGUUCCUAAGCAAUAACACUGCCCUCACCUCCUUGCAGUGUCUCUGGGGACCCCCAGCCCAGCCCCUACCUCACCUGGAGCUUCUGCCAUCAGUUUGUCCCAGUCUGAUGUCUGUCCCUGUCCCAGCUUUGCUCCCCAGCCCUUGCUGUACUUUCCUCCCUGCUCAGGUGUGAGCAGACUCUGUUACUCCAUCCUCCCACCUUCAGUGUGAUGAAUGACUGAUUAUAUUUUUAAUAAAGAUGUAUUUUUUAGGGCCUGA